CUGGGGAAGGUGAUUCGGAGGCCCCCGCUGACGGAGAAGCUGCUGAGCAAGCCCCCGUUCCGUUACCUGCACGACAUCAUCACCGAGGUGAUUAGAAUGACUGGUUUCAUGAAGGGCCUCUACACAGAUGCCGAGAUGAAGUCUGAUAAUGUGAAGGAUAAAGAUGCAAAAAUUAGCUUCCUGCAGAAGGCCAUCGAUGUGAUCGUCAUGGUGUCGGGAGAGCCACUGUUGGCAAAACCAGCCCGCAUCGUGGCCGGGCACGAGCCCGAGAGAACUAACGAGCUGCUCCAGACUCUGGGGAAGUGCUGCCUCCACAAGCUCUCCAGUGAUGACGCGGUGAAGAGAGUGCUGGCUGGAGAGAAGGCGGACGUGAAAGGGAGAGCCUCGCUGACGUCCAGGCCCCAAGAGUUGGAUAAUAAGAAUGCGAGAGAAGAAGGGUCCAGAGUUCAUAAAGAUAAGGAGGAUAGAAAAAACUCUGAAAUAAAAGAGAGAAAUACAAGCAGUGAUCAAAAACAGAAGGAAGAGCCGAGAGAAGAAAGCAAGCCAAGAGAAAAAGAGAGGGACAAGGAGAAAACCAAGGACAGUGACAGAGACAGGCACAAAGAUCCGGAGAGAGAAAAGCAUCGGGAGGGGGACAGAGAAAAAGCCAAAGCCAGGGCCAAAGAGCGCGACAGGGACAAAGACAGAGGCACCAAAGAGCGGGACAAGGACUGGGAGCGGGAGCGGAAGAGGGGAAGGACAAGGAGAGGCCGAGGGACAGGGACAGAGAGCGCGAUCGGGACAAGGGGAGGGACAGGGACAGACGGAGAGCGAAAGACACGGAGCACUCCAGGGACCCUGACAAGGAAAAGAGCAGAGAGCAUGAUAAACUGGAGAAAAAGCCAGCAAGCUCAGGGGAGAUGUCUAAAAAGUUGGCAGAUGGAUCUUUUAAAGACUUCAAAGCUGAAACAGAGACCGAGAUCUCCACCAGAGUGUCCAGGUCAUCAGUGACAAAAACAUCAAAACAGCGAUCCAAAAGUUCCGUGGAAGACCCGUAUAGCGAGGACGCGGCCUGUGCAGUUACACUGGCCUGUGAUGAGUCUUUUGAAGGGAAAGUGAAUCCAAGAGCAACGGGUGACUCCACUAGCGAUGCAGAAGCAGACGUUGGACCUCCUGGCCAAGACAAAUCCGAGGUGUCAGAGCAUUCCGAAAUCCCCAACGAGAUGUCGGUCAGCGUCAGAAGAAUCCCUCGGCCCAGCAGUGCAAGACCAGCACCUCCUCGGGUCAAGCGACAAGAGAGCGCGGAAGCGUUAACAGUAGAGCGGACAGGGAGUAGUAAAACCGCGUCAAAUGUGAUUAUAGAGUCACAGAAUUCUGACAACGAAGAGGAUGAGCAGUUUGUGGUAGAAGCUGCCCCUCAGCUCUCUGAAAUGUCAGAAAUGGAUCUGGUACCAGCAGUGGAACUGGAAGAAGACGAGAAGCACGGUGGACUUGUGAAAAAAAUUUUGGAGACGAAGAAAGAUUAUGAGAAAUUGCAACAGUCACCGAAACCUGGAGAGAAGGAGAAAUCGCUGGUCUUUGAGUCGGCAUGGAAGAAGGAGAAGGAAAUUGUGUCCAAGGAGAUCGAGAAGCUCCGUGUGUCCAUCCAGACCCUGUGCAAGAGCGCGCUGCCCCUGGGGAAGAUCAUGGACUACAUCCAGGAGGACGUGGAUGCCAUGCAGAACGAGCUGCAGCUGUGGCACGGCGAGAACAAGCAGCACGCAGAGGCCCUGCGCAAGGAGCAGAGUGUCACAGACUCUGCCGUGGAGCCCCUGAAGGCCGAGCUGGCCGAGCUGGAGCAGCUGAUCAAAGAGCAGCAGGACAGGAUCUGCGCCGUGAAGGCCAGCAUCCUGAAGAACGAGGAGAAGAUCCAGAAAAUGGUCUACAGCAUCACCUUGACCUCGAGAAGGUGAACGCCUGAAGUUCCGGAGACGGGAGUCGCCGUCGGUUGGAAAAAAGAAAGGGAGACGGAAACCAUCCCUCGUUACGUGCCGGCCUGCUCCGGCGUGAACGGUUACCGCGCCCCUACCCGGCUAGUGUCGGGGCUCGGUGUCACGGGUGCCGAGACCGUGGCUACGCCUCCUCCCAGCUGGGACCCCCUCGUUAUAAAGAGCUCUCAGACCGUGCCCUUGUAGACGUUCUUUCCUGCCCGCUCCUUCUGUCUCUGCCGUAGCCUCCGCAGCCCUGUUCCAGAACUCUCGCAGGUGAGUGGACCGGCGUGCCAGGGAAGCAGCCGUCCUGCACUGCGGCUUCUGCGUCUAGUGAGGGCCCGGGCAGCGCUCAGUGAGGGUGGUGGCACUUGCAAUGCGGGAGAAGGGAUGCGUCGUAUUUCUCGUCAAUUGCACUGCAGAGGGUGUAGCCUGAACCCUCCUGAGCGACAGAAGGUACACAUCAGUGAUUUCCUUUCUAACCUCUUUUUAAAUGCACUCUUCAUGUGAUUCUCUUACCGAGGCCUACUGUCUUUUGCUUGUGUUUUCAGCCCUUGAAGUUGGUACAUUUAAAAAGGAGAUCUCAAUGUGCCCUGUGCCCACGUGGUCGGGGUGACACAGGCCUCAGAGAUUUGCCCUGGUCGACACUUGCGGGGCUCCGCUGGGGUCCUGCCCCCAUGAGGCCUUGGCGUCGUUUCUUCUCCACACAGUGUCGCUCCCCGGGGGUGACAGGGCGCCUGGGAAAAGCUGCAUAAGGAGUAUUUAAAAGGAGGCACCUGCUUACAAAAUUUUUAAUGUUAACCAUUU